GGUAGCGAAAGCUAGCAGAAGUAUCAAAUCAACAACAACAACGCGGUAUGAAAAGGGGAAGAUGCAGAUGACGCGCUUACGGGAUCCUAUAACCUCCCUUUCUCCCGCUUGCCAACUCAGAAUGCGACGGCAGACCAAGAGAUAAAAGAUGGGCUGUGUGUUCUCUAGACCAGAAUACGAGAACAAUCCAAGGAUAUUUCACGUUUGGAAUGUGGAUGGUGACGGUCGUCAUCUUAAACCGGGAAGAAUAGAAGUUACAGACUCACAACUUAUACUUUAUCAAAAAGGACACAUCGUUGUGAAGUGGCCUCUUCGAAGUCUCCGUCGUUACGGGUUUGAUUCUGAAGUUUUCUCCUUCGAGUGUGGCAGAAGGUGCUCUACUGGUCCCGGCGUCUACGCCUUCAAAUGUAAGAGAGCCCAAGUAUUAUUCAGCAUUCUUCAAGAAUGUAUAAACAACUCAGGAGGUGGAGGAGGAGGGGGAGCAGGUACAAGUACAUCCUUGGCUUCCAUUGACGAUCAAAUCAGUUUGACAACUUUCGGUGGUGAAAGAGUGAGCUCAUUAAAUUCCCCACCUCCUAUGCCAAAUGGCACACUGCCGAAUGGUAGAGGAUCAAAUCCAACAGUUGAUUCAUCGGGUUACCUUGAACCCAUCACUGCUAAUUCUCAUCUUCAUUAUCCGGCUUCAGCCAGCUCAUCUCGCAACGGAGGCCAGUCUCCAGGAAGUUACAUUUGCAUUCAUGGUGCAAGCAGCACUGGUCAUCCAGAUGGUAUGGCUACAGAAUGGUCUGGUAUGCCCUCUAGCAUGACCAACUGUUGCAAUCUAGGAACGUGCGGCGUCCGAUCUUCUUCAUCAACUCAUCAUUAUGUAAAUAACGAGGUCAUUGAACAAGUAGCCGGUUGCUCGAAUAGUAUGUGUAUCGUUCACCAGUAUGUAAACUCAUCCGUCAUGGCCGGAGAGCUGCCACAUCCAUGCUGUUCGCCGCCUAAAUGCUGCCCCAUGCAGAACGAGAAUACUUAUGUCAACAGUUCGAUCAUGACUCUUAGUCCUGGUCACUUACCAUGUUCUGGUAGUUGCUGUGCAGUGAACUGUUCUAAUUGUGUGGAUUUCAAUACGAACUAUGCAAAGCUUGACGAUCUCCUGAAGCAAGAGCAAUCAGCGAAACGCCACAAAGAGCAACAUUUUUAUGUGAAUGUGAAACCAGAUGGUGCUGUUCCCUCAAGUAGUUCCACAAGUAGUAAAUGUGUUUCUGGUCGAUCUACUCCAACUGAUGUUUUAUCUAGGAGUGGUACCUUAACUUCUCCUACCAGCCCCGGAUCCACAAAAAUGCAUAAUUCUCACUGCUAUGCCAAUCUUGGCUCUCCCACGCCUUCAGAGGCUAUGUCGUCUAGGGAACUUGGAGCGCAAGUGAACUAUGCGGUCCUAGAUUUGGACCAUAGUGAGUCUGGCAAUAAUGCUGCAACGCCACCAUCCGCGCCCAACAGUAUUCAUUCACUUGCCAACUCACCGGUCAAAUCACCGGAAGGUUACGCCCAAAUAGACUUUGACAAAACAGUGGCGUUGUCAAACUCUGCCAAUCCUUGUCCUUUCAAUGAUGACAGUAUGCGAAAAACGAGGCAUAAUGCAGUGAUUCCCUGUACUAGUAUGUCAGCUUGAUUAAUAACCAUUUCAGUCAAGUUGUUUGUAUUUUUGGUGCUUUUGCUGCCAGGUCAAUGCAAGCGUGUUUUUCAGAAACAGAAUUCGGCAGCUGGAAGUUUUGUAAUGUUAACACGCGGCUUAUUGUUUUGUUGCAAAAUGAGAGAUUGAUCAAAUGUUGAAGCUUAAAAGUGAAAAUAACCUCAAUGCUGUUUUAGAAACGCAUUUGUCAUUGAUUACUUUAAAAAAGAAUAUUUCUUUUGAUCUUAAUUUAUUUUCAUAAUUUUGAAUGGUUCUUGUUAAAAUUCUAUAAGAAAUGAAUUUCUAUGUAUAAUAUUCUUGCACAUUUUUGUAAAGAACAUAGCUGUUAAAAAUGUAAAAGCUACUUAUAUUUCUAAUUUUACAUGUAAGGUGCUAUUUGGCUUUAAAUUGUUUAUUUUUGCUAUUGAAAUGAUCUAAGGUUAUUGUUAAUGCUCUAAGAAAUUGUUUAUAUAUAUACAUAUAUGUACGAAUUUUGUCAAUAUUAAAAGUUACUUUCUAGUCCA